CUGUGAUGAGUUUUAAUAUAAUUCUUCCGUCUUCGAAAACACUUCAAUACAGUAAAAUAUAAUAAACAUUAUUUUUUUAUUAUUUUCCCGUCCAACACCACAGUAACAGCAACAAAUAGUUCAGUAGUCAAUCUAACUUAACAAAUCAGUAAUAUUAUUUACAUAUCUCUACUAUCAAUUAAAAUUUAAUUCAGUACUCAAAAUCCGUACGUCUAAACUUAUAUUAAUUUUUGUACACUUAACGACAAGUCCUCAACACUGCUAAAGUCAAUUUAGAGUCCACUAAUUAACCGCGAAAUAAAAAAGAACGCGAACCGUCGAAGGAACUUAAUACCACUUAUAGACUAUGCGGCAAAACGAGCCGAAUAUUUACAUUGGAGAAAAAAAAAUCAGGUCAUUCGGAGGUUACGGGCAACGCAGCCGGUCGGCGCGAGCCGCGACGGGAUGUGGCCCUCGAGUCCACACGCGCCCCCACACCGCGCCCCUGCACCGAGCGCCUCACUCCGGCUACUGGAAACCACGUGCGCGCACUCACGACAGAGAUGCCGAUACCUAUCAAUCGUUUCGAAUUCCGAAUUCAAAUUUGGCGGCCGAUCGCCGGAGUGGUAAAGACCCGGCCCGCUCGUGUGGCGGUCGACAAGGAACUCGGCGUGGCAUCUUGAGGGGCGAAAAGACGUUACGUUGGACCCUUCAAUCCCCCUUGGCUUGUUAGUUGAAUGGUGAUAACCGUGUGGUGCUUUGUAGUGAGUGAAUAAAAUUCACUCUACCUGGAUGUAUGUUUUUAUUAUAAUUAGGAAUAAGAAGUUAUUGUAAACUAAUGGUUACAAAGUAUAAAGAAAACACAUUUAAUGUUACUUUAAAAAUAUUGUAACAAAUACAUUUAUUAUAUAAUAAAAUAAAAUAGAAAUGUUUAAUUUCAAGUAUAAAUACCAUUUAUGAAUUUAGUAAUAGGUGAUUAUUAUAAAUUUAAUGCAAUCGAUAUUUUUUUAAUAAUCACUAGGACUAUAUUUUAACAGAAUUCACAAUAAGCAAUGUUAAUUACAUUAAAGUAAUUUAUUUUUUGGUAUGGUAAUACUAACUACUCGCCCCGGCUUCGCACGUACAUGUAUAGUAUA